GUGAAUUAAUGUUUCCAUAGUCUCCAUUUCCUGGUGAUGAUGAAGAAGAGGUUUUUGACAGCAUUGUGAAUGACGAAGUUCGCUACCCAAGAUUCCUCUCAACAGAGGCCAUCUCCAUUAUGAGAAGGUUAUUAAGAAGGAAUCCCGAGCGACGACUUGGAGCUGGUAAACGUGACGCAGAGGAUGUGAAGAAACAUCUGUUCUUCAGAAAUAUUGACUGGGAUGGACUAUUAGCAAAGAAAGUGAAGCCACCAUUUGUACCCACAAUCCAGAGUUCCAUUGACGUUAGUAAUUUUGACGAUGAAUUUACCUCAGAGGCACCGGUGCUCACACCCCCCAGAGAACCCCGGCCCUUAACCCAGGACGUGCAGGACCUAUUUGCAGACUUUGACUAUAUUGCAGACUGGUGUUAGUCAUGUGUUGGCAUCCCUCCCUCUCUCUACACACACACAAGACACAGAAAAUGUGAAUCAGACCAUUUGCAAAUAUCCUUUUUUUUGUUGUUGUCAGUGUUAUUUUAGGAUUACCACAUCCCCUUUUCCGUUUUAACAUGAAGAAGAAACUUUUUUAAAUUUUUUUUUUAUGAUUAUUUUAUUACCAACAUGUUCAGGUUCAGGAUGAUUAUUCCAUUUCAUCAGGGCUUAAGCACUGAUCAUGAAAAACAUGAACUGAGCAGUAUAGUUUUCAACUGUACUGACAACAUACCACAGCUUGAACCAUGUGAUCAGGUGCUUCACUGACACCCCCUAGUGUUGAGGAAGUCAGUAGGCCACAUCCACAUUCAUCUUGCCCACGGAAUUUCAUCAGUUACACUAAGAAUGAUGAGCCUUGAUUUUAAUAUUUUUGUAUUUGAAGCAUUUACAGUGCGACUGGUUAAAAAGUCUGUCAGCUGUCAAUGUUGAUUAUGUGGAAGUGUUUUAAAGCCAUAGACCGAAAUAAUAGGUGAUACUUUGUACCUCAUCCAAUGAAUGUAUAGUUUGCCACCAUUACCAAAACAUCUAACCAUUUUUAUGUAAUGGAGUAUUUACUCUUCCCUACAGUACAGUAAUAAUGCAUCAAGAUCCUAGUUACAACGAAAUCAAAUAUGAACUACCAGUUACAGCUCUAAUCAUAUAUGUCAGUGCUUUGAAACAGGAAAUGCAUUUACUUCCAUUGAGUUCUUUUUCUAUCAAGUUUCAGGAUAGGGUCAUGUUUAUUUUUACCAGACUUAAGCUGUCAGUGGAUUUAAACUACCGUUCAAAAGUUUUGGGUCAGUGGAUUUUUUUGUUGUUGUUAAAAAUUCAGCUUUGA